GCCAUGUGUACAUAGUCUUGGUAUCAAAUAAACGCGCACGUAUGCUAAUUUCAUGUUCUAAUUUACCGAUUACUAUAUGUUCUGAUUUUGAAGGAUAUAGGAGUGAUAAUGGCGAAGAACCAAAUGUUUUUGUUUUGGGGAUCGGGCUCAGCCCCAUGUUGGAAGCCUAUGAUAGUUUUAGCAGAAAAAGGACUUUGGAAAGAUGACAUGAACAAGAGGCUUGAAUUCUCUAAGAAAGAACAUAAACAGAGCGAUGUACUGGCGCUUAACCCGCGUGGACAGCUCCCUACAUUUAAAGAUGGCAAUGUUCAAGUGAACGAGUCAGGGGCAAUCUGUAUGUACGUAGAGGAGAAGUAUAGUAACGAUUCUACUGGUAGACUCUUACCUCCCAACGCGAAUGAGAGAGCCGAUGUGUAUCAAAAAAUGUUUGAGGCAGCCAACGUGAUAUCCAACAUCAUUGAACCACUUCUUAGAUAUCGGUUCAUGCAAAAGAAAGAGGACUGGAAUCAAACACACUUAGAAGAGGGAACAAAAAAGGCUAAAGAAGAACUAGACAAAUGGAACACAAUGCUAGGCGACAAACCUUACCUGUGUGGUAACGAUUUUACUAUGGCAGAUGUGUUUUUCUAUCCUUUUCUAGCGAUGAUGGUGAGAACCGGGGCCACACUUUCUGGAUUCCCAAAACUGAAGGAAUACUAUGACAGGGUCAGUGAAAGACCGUCGGUAAAAGCAACAUGGCCUCCGCAUUGGCACAACAGCGAGGGACCAGGGUUUCUCAGUGAUUUGUAACAUCAAGAUAUUCCUUUCAGGGAUUUUUAAAUGAUUUGUAACCUUGAGACUUUCCUUACAGGGAUUCUGAGUGAUUUAUAACCUUAAAACAUUCCUUCAAGAUAUUCUAUACUUUUCCGUAUAUAUGCACUGACAUUUAACUUUAAGUCAUUUCAAACUCAGUGUAUAUGACAAAGACAAGAUAUUGAUAAUACUGUGUAAUCUUAAAUAAACAAAAAAGUUACAA